GAAUUAACAAGAUCCAAUUAUCGCCUUAACAGUCACCCUCGAGAUGGCACAAUUCCUAUCAUCUGGGUUAUUCCCAUAUCGGCGGAUCCCAUUCCUCCUCGCGAAGAGCUUUCAAGUCAUCUCAUCAUGUGUUGUCGCUGGCAUAAUGUUCUUCUUUAUCGCCCACUUGAACCAGGAGCACGUCAAAAUUCCGUGGAUGUUCUUUUUUCUACAAGGCUCCGCCCUUGCCACCCUCAUCUCUAAUACUGUCAUGGGCAUCUGGGUCGUGCUUCGCUCACCCGUGCCCAAGACGAGCGCGGUUGUGAACGUAGUACUUGCGGCCCUCUGGGCUACAGGUUACGGACUCCUCAUCAACGCAAUCGAACCAACUAUCUUGAUUCCUUGCACCAUGAGGCGCUGGGGCAAUGAUCGUGGCAUUUUGGUGUGCGGCCUCUACAAGACCUUGUUGGCGGCUGGAGGAACUGGCCUGUUGAGCUCUAUUGCCAUGGUGGUGGUUGAUAUCAUGGCGGCCCGUAGGCUCGAGCGGCGAAUACGAGGUAGUACGGAGCGAGAAAAGCUUUUGAGCAAACCUGAAGGCGAAACAGAGUAUGCUCCUGUGUGGACUGGCCAGUCUACAACACCAGUGGGGCUGGAGCCAACGAGGGAUGAGCAAGCCGUGCAUUGAAUACAAUCCUUUGGGACAGUUGCAAGGACCAAGCUUCGGCUAUAGCUGGUAGUAAGCUGCUACUUGCUGUCCUGUUGGGACACCCUCAGAAAUGCCGACAUAUCCUAG